AGAGACACCAUGUGCGUAGCAUAAUCUGUGGUAGGAACCUGAAGGAAGACGAAGAUGUGAGCUUGUUCUGCUUUUGUGGAGAUAAUACAUUGAACCCCACGGAAGUUAACCUCGAAGGAUACAGCCCUCACGCUUCACACAAAGCUGCUCCAUUGCAUGUGAGACAGAAGAGCUCUGUGCAACAGCUGCUUUGUCUUUUCUCACUUGGUAGCAGUUUGAUUUUUUUCUGACAAGGAAGAGAGAAAGUGUCUCUAAAGGAUCGGAUGCAUUUGUCAAUGGAUACCCUGGGAAUUGUGGACGAUAGUUGCCUAGACAACUAUGAUAUGGCAAAAGGUGCCGGUUCAAGCAGUGGAGGCAGGGUCCACAGUAUUGAUGUCAUACUAGGGUUCACUAAAGACCAGGACCCUUUACUCCAUUCGGUAGGAGAUGAUGACAGCCAUAAAGCCAAUGAAGAAAACCCACAGCACCCUGAAAAGCAGGUUCCAUCAGACCCCUAUGGGCACCUUCCAGAACUGGGUGACAGCUCCCAACACUCUUCCUACCAUGAAUCUGACCUUUUCUCCGGUGACAAGUGUGAUGGAGAAAUGAGUGACCUGCAGAAGGAAGUGGAGGUUGCUGAGGGGUCUCCAGACACCAUGAUAGAGGAAGAGCACACUAAAAAGAAACAUAGAAGAAACCGUACCACCUUCACCACCUAUCAGCUUCAUGAGCUGGAGCGAGCCUUCGAGAAGUCCCAUUACCCAGACGUCUACAGCCGUGAAGAGUUGGCAAUGAAAGUCAACUUGCCUGAGGUUCGAGUUCAGGUGUGGUUCCAGAACCGAAGAGCCAAGUGGAGACGUCAAGAAAAGAUGGACACUAGCACCAUGAAGCUCCACGAUUCGCCCAUGUUAUCCUUCAGUCGCCCCCCAAUGCCUCUCAAUGCCAGUCCAGUGGCUAACCCAAUGCCCCUAGAUCCCUGGCUGACCUCACCCAUCUCCAGUGCCACGUCUAUGCAUACCAUCCCUGGGUUCAUGGGCUCACCGCAGGGCCUGCAGCCUGCAUAUCCAAGCCACAGCUUCCUCAACACCCCGCCUGCCAUGGUCCAAGGUAUGCAGCCCAUGGGCCCACCUCCCUACCAGUGCCCUCCCAGCUUCAAUGAUAAAUACCCAAUGGAGGACGACAGGAGUUCUAGCAUUGCAGCACUCAGGAUGAAGGCCAAAGAGCACAUUCAGUCGAUGGAUAAAACCUGGCAGCACAUGUGAUCUCAUGGGGCACUGUGAACGGAUUUUUGAGCUGC